CCUGUGGGAGUGAGCGGGAACUGCAGUGAGGAGCAGCAGUAGCAGCGCUAACUCCGCUGUGUUUGUCUGUGUUUAACUCUGUUAUAAAUUUCUGCAUAUUUAAUAAUGUCGGAUGAUGAGAAGUUACCCUCCGGGUGGGAGAAACGGAUGAGCCGGAGUUCAGGUAGGGUGUACUACUUUAAUCACAUCACUAAUGCGAGUCAGUGGGAGCGGCCGUCGGGUGCAGGUGAGGGCGCAGGUGUAGUGGAUAAGGUGCGCUGCUCUCACCUGCUGGUGAAACACAACCAGUCCCGCAGACCGUCGUCCUGGAGGGAGGAGAACAUCACCCGCAGUAAAGAGGAGGCCCUGCAGCUCAUACAGAAGUAUAUAGAACAGAUAAAGUCUGGUGAGGAGGAUUUUGAGACGUUGGCGUCUCGGUUCAGCGACUGCAGCUCAGCGAGAAACGGAGGAGAUCUCGGGAUGUUCGGCAGAGGUCAGAUGCAGAAGCCGUUUGAGGAAGCCUCUUUUGCUCUGAAGAUUGGAGAUAUGAGCGGACCAGUGUUCACCGACUCCGGCGUUCACAUCAUCCUCCGCACCGGAUAAUCUACCACUCCUCCAUCCCUCCAUCCCUCCGUCUGUCCUUCCCUCCCUCUACCUGUCAUAUAUAUAAAUCCCUGGACUUAUUAAUAAACACGCUCUUUUAUUCGCUGUAAGGCGUAAGCGCAGCUGAACGCCGUUGCCUGGCUGAUAGAUCUCCCUGUUUUUACUGUAGCUGAGCUGCUCAGACCAAUCGGUUCAGAGACCCAAAAUCACCCAGAAACAUCAGCUACCGUAUUUCUCACACUAUAAGAGCACCGGAUUAUAAAGCGCAUUUUAACAGUCACUAUAAGGAACUUCUAAUUCAGCAGGUCCCACUGCUGGGUUUAGUAAAGCUAAGCUAAGUAAACAAAACUUUAAUAAAAAAGACUUUAAAAUAAAGUUAAAUGAGCACUGAAUGGUAAUCUACACAGAUUUCUCUCCUGAAAACUGUUUCUUUUAAAUUCCCUAAUUUCUCCAUCACUAAGGCUGGAGCAUUAGCAUUAGCCACUAAUGCUAGUGCUCUAAUCUUAGUGCUUGAGAAAUUCUGUAAUCUAAGUUUACUGUAAAUAAACGGAAAUGAUUUACUUACCCAAAUGAGUGUAUGCUAGCCAGGGUUAGCAGCUAAUAAUACUCACCUCUGAACAACAAAAGAGCUAGCACUAGUGCUAAUGCAGGUAGUGCUAAUGCUGCUCCAGCCUCGGUGCUGGACAACUAUUAGCAUUAGCGGCUAACCACUAGCUGGUAAUGCUAAUGUUGUCCAGCAGUGCUAGCUGGGUUUAAGAUCAGUCUACAGGCCAAUAAUACUUACCUCUGAAUGGGAAAAUAGCGGCUAAUGUUAGUGGCUAAUGCUAAUGCUACUCCAGCCUCGGUGCUAAAGCACCAUUAGCAUUAGCAGCUAACCACUAGCCGGUAAUGCUAAGGUUGUCCAGCAGUGCUAGCUGGGGUUAAGAGCAGGCUACAGACAGGUAAUACUCACCUCUGAAUGGUGAAAGAGCUAGCACUUAACACGAUUAACAUGUAAAGUUAAUGCUGCUCCAGCAGUGCUAGCAGCAGGUUACAGGAUGAUAAUACUCACCUCUGAACGGAGAAAUAUCGGUUGGCGGCUAAUGCUAAUGCUACUCACCCUCAUAACUCUAGGAAGUGGCUUUACUGCUCCUUAAUACCUGACUGGUAGAAUUCAAACAUGAGGAGCACCGGAUUAUAAGGAUUACUGUCAAUUUUUGGUAAAAUUAAAGGAUUUUAAGUGCGCCUUAUAGUGUGAAAAAUACGGUAAAUACGCUAAACGCUGGCUGGAUGACGUCCUGGUUCAUUAUCAGUAUCGAUAUUAAUAAAACCUGCUUUCGAAGUUUAAAAGCUGACAUAAUUAUAAUUCUCUAAUUCUCUAACUGCUGCUGUUUCCAUGUGGGUCAGCCAGACGUCUUCCUGUAGCAGUUUUUUUUCUCCAGUUUCCGCGAGUCUUGAAGUCUUGAAGGUGUAGGAAACAGUACUCACCGCUCUCUGACUUCAUCUGUAAUUUCUCUAAAGAAAAGAAUAGACUUCUACUUCUUAAUAGUGGUUUAUUUACAGUACUAAGAUUACUUUUUUGAGUUUUUAGUUCAUUUGAUUUCCUGACAGUUUACUGAUAAAUUUUGUAAAUUGGAUUUUGUGUAAUUUUUACAUAUAUAUAUUUUUUUCCCCUGAACCUGAAGAGCUUUAAUCGCAAAAAUAAAAGGAAACAAACUUGGGUGUUCAAAAACGUUUGACCGAUAGUGUACAUUUACGUUAAUUGUACAAUAAAAUUAACUUCACUUUUUUGGAAGUUGAUAAAAAAACUUGAAAGAUCUAAGAAAAAAAAACAUUGUUAAUUGAAUGAAGUACCAAGUUCAAAAUUAAAAUGUUUUUUAAAAAAAUACUUUACUAUUAAUAAACUUAAAACAUUUAAUGGUAAAAUUCACACAUUUAAAGUUUCUUUUUGUUUUGAACUUGCGACCUGCUGAAAUUCAGCUCCUUAGAAAUUGUCAAAUAAAAUAAAAAAAUUCAGAUCCAUUAAGUAAAAUCUAUUUUUUUUUUUGGUUCAAAACUCAGAAAUACAAAUUUAAUCCUCUCUUUCAAGAAAGUCAUUUCACAUUUAAUUUACAGAUUUGUCUUUCUGUGUUUUUAAUCAUCAGAUUAAUUUAAUGUUUAAUUUAAAAUGUAUCUGAACAGCAAAUUUCACCACUGAACACGUUCAAAACACAUAUUUGAACUUAGACCAUUAAUAUUUCAAGUUUAUUAAAAAUUCUGAUUUAAUUAAAACAUCCAAACUUUAGAUUUUAAUACUUAUGUCAGCUUUUAAUCUCCAUGCAGGGACCUCAUCCAGCAGCGGCUGAAAGUGUCUUUCUUUUCAUUAUCUCACAACAUCUUCCAUCUAUAUCAUUAACCUCAUUAUUGCAACCUCGAGGAGAAAUGAUGCUAAAUAAUGACCAAUAAAGAUGUAAAAGUUAAAAAUUACAA